AUAAAAAAACACAUUUGCCUCCUGCCAGUAUUUUUCAGACCAUUCCUUUCGCAAACACUUUCCUCUUCCUAUUCUCCCAAGUGGAUACACAUACAUUCUUUUUUUCCUCGAGUUUUAUGAGUCGAGCCAAAGCCUCUUUUUUUCUUUUUUAUAACAUGUGUUUUUCACUCCAUUCAGCAGGCGCCCUGUCUUUUUUUUCACCAUGACAAUGAAGGCUUUGUUUAAGAUAAAUGAGUUUCUGUCUAUAAUAAAGAAAACAUUUCUCUAAGAAACUGCCCUACUGUGAUAUUUGAGAUGGAAAACUUGUCUUGAGUCAAUCACUUUUCCUUGACAGCAAUAGCACAGUUGACACAUAUAGUCCAUAUAUUCAAUAUUAGCCUUGUAAAUGUGCAGAGUGGAUGCAAGUAGGUGCAAACCAGCAGUUAAAGAUUAACACUCAGUCAAAGGCUUUUCUCAUCUUUUAAUCCUUUUUUUAGAAACUCAUCCGCCCAAUGCACACUCACAGUAACCACACACACAUAGACACACACAUGUGUACGCACUAACGUGGCUCUGAGUUGUGUUCACUUCCCGAUGUUUGGGGUCGAAACUAAGGCGGCCCAACCACUGAGGACGGGGGACAACAUCUGUCCGCCAUCUUUGUCAGUGCUGCCAAGUAUUAUGGAAAGGCAAACAGACAUAAUUCAGGAUGGCUCUCAAUGUGCCGGGUCUGGUGGUGAUGGCCGGAUUCUACCUGGUGAUCUUGGGCACGGGCAUCUGGGCGUCUAUGCGCUCCAAGAAGGAGGAGAAGAAGUGCAACGGAGACGGCAUGGAGAUAACAUUACUGGCAGGACGCAACAUCAACCUUCUAGUUGGCAUCUUCACUCUCACUGCUACAUGGGUGGGUGGAGGCUUCAUCCUCGGGAUAGCUGAGGCAACAUACAACCCCACACUAGGCGCUGUGUGGGCUCUCAUGCCUGUGCCCUAUGUCCUGACCUUCUUCUUAGGUGGCUUUUUCUUUGCCAAGCCUAUGAGAGAGAACAGGUAUGUGACCAUGAUGGACCCCUUCCAACAGAAGUAUGGGAAUGUUCUGAGCAGUGCGCUGAUCUUCCCGGCACUAGUUGCUGAUGUCCUGUGGGUGGCACGCACACUCGUCAGCCUGGGUGGAACAAUGAGUGUGAUCCUGGACCUGUCCUACGUCUACUCCAUCAUCAUCUCCUCAGUGGUGGCCAUAAUCUACACACUGCUGGGGGGGCUCUAUUCUGUGGCCUACACAGAUGUCAUCCAGCUCAUCCUCAUCUUUAUUAGUCUGUGGGUGUGUGUUCCCUUCAUGAUGACAAACCCCCACUCUUUGGACAUCUCACUAACUGCCUACAACGAGACCUUCCAGGCUCCCUGGGUUGGCAAGGUGGAGCUAAAUGAGGCCGGCAAGUGGUUUGACGACUUCAUGCUGCUGGCUCUGGGUGGUUUGGCCUACCAGGCGUUCUACCAACGAAUCCUGUCCGCCUCAUCUUACAGCCAGGCUCAAGUGACCUGCUUCGCCUCCUCAGCCUUCUGCCUGGUGCUGGGUAUCCCCUCUGUGCUCAUCGGCGCUGUGGCUGCAUCAACAGACUGGAACUCAACCAGCUAUGGAUUGCCCACCCCUUAUGAGCGCGACCAGGCAGGCUCCAUCCUACCCAUUGCUCUGCAGUACCUCACACCCACCUACAUCUCUGUCAUUGGCAUUGGAGCUGUCGCUGCUGCUGUCAUGUCCUCCAUGGACUCUGCUCUUCUGUCCUCGGCCUCAUUGUUUUCCUCAAAUAUCUAUAAGAACAUUAUCAGGAAGCAGGCAUCGGACCGUGAGAUGCAGUGGGUGAUCCGUAUCUCAGUGGUGGUGGUGGGUCUGGCUGGCACUGCCCUCACCUUCCUGGACAGCAGUGUCCUGGUCUUCUGGCUUGUGGGCGUGGACAUGUCCUACACCAUCAUGUUCCCUCAGCUGGUCUGCAUCCUCUUCUUCAAGGUGUCCAAUGGCUACGGCGCCACUGUGGGCUACGUGAUGGGGAUCAUCAUGAGGGUCCUGAGCGGCGAGCCACUCAUCGGCCUCGCGCCAGCCAUCAAGUUCCCCGGCUGUCGGCUGGACGCGGAGGGAAAGCUCACUCAGUACUUCCCCUUCCGUACCACCAUCAUGAUCAUUUCGCUCUUAUCCAUUCUGCUCUUCUCCUGGCUAGCAUCCAUCAUUUUCAACAAGGGUCUGCUGUCUGAGCGAUGGGAUGUGUUCAAAAUCAGACGCACGCAGAAACCGACACCCAAAGCCGAGAGUGACAAGAGGACCAACUCGGACAGCGAGGAAGGCGCCGCGGCCAAACAGCUACUGGACACCACCAGCUGCUGAAGAGGCUCAGGGAGGAUGGAGAGAGAGAAGAUGGCGCAGGCUGGAGGCGGGCACGUUUGUUCUUCUGCCAAGCAGGAGUUCACAGUGGGGAACAAGGACAAAGGCUGGACAUUAUAAACAGAUUGUGUUCAGUAACAGUGAAUUUGUGGUGAUGACAUUUAUAUCAGCAGAGGGCAAUCUGAGCUCUCUGCCACCGUCCUUCAUCAGUUCUCUUCACCAAAGAAUACUGUAAAAAUAGGCUCCCUGGCUAGUUUACAUUAGCAAAUAAGCUAUUAUCCAACAUAGCAUACAAUUAAAUAUGUUUACAUACAUAAAGGCCCAGGAUAAAAUGCCAGAGAUCCAGCUGCAUUCACAUCACACAUCACUGUAAUGGAAGCAGUCCAUACAAAGAACUAGGUUUCAACUGUCAAAGCCAUUCAAAUUCAUUAAAAGUGUAAAAUAAUAUAACUUAUACCUCUCACUGAUUCAGUACUACUCAACAAAGGUCAGACUUGUAUUUUUAAACAUUAAGAUUACUUUUUGACAAGACUCUACAACUGGACUUCAUCCCAAAGAAACAAACAAUGCAACAGAAUAAUGAAACAUGUUUAUAAAUCACAAUUUGUAAUUACUCAUUGGAUUUUACUGUUUGUAAGAGAGAGUGUAUGAGACUUGCAUCGCAUAGCUUCACAGAAAACAGGAAUGCAACAAGCCUUGUGCUUUAUCCUUUACCAAAUCAUUGUUAAUCACCUUGACCCGGGUGUGUCUGGUACAGUACAGGGAGCGCACUGAGCUCCUCUCUCAGUGUGAACCUCUGUCCAUGAUCAGCAGCCAUGCGCAGCACACCUAGAACAAAGACAUGCCGCCCAAAGAACAAGCGCACGCUCUGCACUGUUCCAUGGUGCAUUUGUAAAGACAUUUUCAUUGUUUAACUUGUUUUUUGACUCUAAUCUCAUAAUUUCCGUCUCUAGUCGAUUUGCUGCCUCAAGCUUUGUGACACAGCGACGAUUCAGUUUCCUCUUGGCUUGUGGGUUGAUUUUUAGAUAAUCGAUUUUGAUCGUCUAGGUUAUUACUUCCAUAUACAAUCAUUGAUUAUACACAAGUGCAAUUAUAUUUUGAAAUGACAGAAUGCUCUAUUUUGUGAUCACCAAACUGCUUGGCUGUGUAUUUAUCAUUCAUUUCCUAUCUGCAGUAGUCCACAUAUCUUAGAUGUAAAGAUUCAUACUUGCAUAAUAUUUUUAAUAAAGUUUUCAUAGAUCCCUCAUACUGCCCUGUAGACCGGCAAGUUUAAUACUGUUUUCUUUUACUUCACUGUGACAAAGUCUGAAUCCACCCAGCUAUGAGCGACUUUCGUUUCCAGUGGCAACUUUGUCAUGCAAGCAAUAUUGAAAAUCACAAACCGCAACACUACUUGCGGUGAGGUGACAGAGGUGACACAAGCACUAUUUUACUCGAUAUUUUUGUCCUAAGGAGUAUUUUAUGUCGUGAACAGCAGCAGGAAGAGACAAAACUGCAGACCUCAGUCUCCCAGCAUGCCGCAGUUAAUGUAAGCCCAUUCCCCUUCUGCUGCAAUCUACUCACAUUACAUUUAACUGAAUGUAGCAGUUUUCUGCAACUGCACGGAGAGAAAGAAUGCCAGACAUAUCCCUCGUUUUUCUUCUCCAUCUGUCAGUGUGAGAUUUGUGCCUUUCAGUGACUUUUUACUGUAUAGUUUUGUUUUUGUUAAAUACUGUAGUGCAAAGCUGUAGUUUACAGUGGGAUCACUUUGAUUCUGAGAAUUUGCAUUUACGUUUCACAACAGUGCAAGUUUUUACUUUCUUUAAUAAUACAAUUUUAUUAUAAAACAUUUUAAUAAUCCUCUUGUUUUUUAAUGUAUGUAUUGUUGUACUGAGCCUAUGUAGUAGUUUGUUGUGCACAGAGAUUCCUGCCUUCCUCUAUCAUACAGUUACCUUUAAUAUCACUGGAAAAUGGUUUUACUCCACAGACGGUGGUCAUUUGCUGUCCAUCAUAAAAUGGGUGUAUACUAAAGCGUUUGAAUACCUCAUUAACUGGUAUUGUGGACUUUAAGCACACAAAACUCUAAUUCUAACUUCCGUCUGAAGCAUACUGUAUGAAUGUUGUUUUCCAAAGAGUGGUCGCACAAAACAAACUGUGUCUCCAAACAAGACACAUGCAGGACACAAUGCAUCCAUCUUUUUAUAUAGUGAUUGUGAUUUCUACCUGUAUUAUACUCUUGUACUGUACAGUUCUAAUCAUGAUUUGUAUAUUUACACUUUUUAUUUUUUACCAAAAAGCAUUGAGUUUUAGACGAAAAAUGUGAAUGUGUAUUUUCACGUUAGCAACAUUUAAAGUAAAAUAAAUUCACCUUCACUUUUGCAGAACAUGAAAUGUAAUUUCACCUUCACACAUUCAAAUAUCUGUUCACUUGUGUCAGCAGUGGUUUCGAACAGGAAAUGAGUAGUGGCCAUGUAGAAUAAACUCUCCAGACAUGAUCUGAUGGAAGAAAACUUCCCGGUGGUCAUCUGUGCAAUUUUGUCAUUUCUGAGGGGAAAUGUUUUGUUUUUCAUGCGGGAUUGGUCAAACAUUAUCUAUGAAAGUACUGGAAAGUUCUUUUUGUAUUAUAUUUCCCCCUAAUAUGUAUUUGGUUUUAUACUAUUAUGCAUGUUGGUUGUCAGAAACUGUGUUGUUUGUAUACUGAACUUUUGUGAAGGCUGUUCUCUCUUGCCUCUUGGCAAGGCCCUACUUUGUAAUCAAUUAAUGUAAAUCCCCAUGGGGUGAUGUUCUGUCAGAAUAAAGGUUGAAAGCAAAUGAU